GCGUUUUUCAACACUAUACCAGCGAAUUUUCGGAGCGUGCUGCUGAUUUUAAUAAACAAUUUUGAUUUUUGUCGUAUUUUAAAGAAAACGUUUAGAUCAAAAUGAAUGCGCCACCCACCUUUGAGUCAUUUCUGCUCUAUGAAGGCGAGAAGAAAAUCAUCAAAGAAUUGGACACAAAAGUGACAAAUGCGGCUAUAUUUACGAUAAAUAAAGAGGAUCACACUCUAGGAAACAUGAUCCGCAACCAGCUCCUGAAGGACCCCAAUGUAUUGUUUGCCGGCUACAAGGUUCCACAUCCCCUAGAGCAUAAGUUCGUUAUCCGGAUCCAGACUACGGCUGACUAUUCACCGCAGGAGGCGUUCAUGAAUGCCAUAACCGAUCUUCUGGCAGAAUUAUCUCUCUUUGAAGAGCGUUUUAAGGAUGCCAUCAAGGAGAAAAAGGAGGGCGGCGAUUAAUUGUAGAUUUACCACUCGUAAUAACCCAAUAAAUUCUAGACAGUCCUUCUUCCA